UGAUCAGUUAGGUUAACUUUUCUUUUGAUAAGCAAUCUCAAAAUUCUUUAGACAACAAAAAAAUGAUUAAUUAGUGAUUAGACGUCAAAUUAUUUCAUCACCAUAAGAAGUUCAUGAAGAAGCAAUUACAAGCCGAAUCAUUCUAUAGUUGUUUCUUCAUUUAAUAAAUUAUGCCAGGCUAUUAUAUUGAAUAAUAUCAAAUGAUAUAGAAAUUUAUAUUUGGCAACAAAAAAUAAAUAAAUAUAAUAAUGACUGUCGUAGAAUUUUUUGGUUGUACGUUUUUGGCUUUUGGACCACCAUUAGCGAUGUUUUCAUUUACAAUCGCCCACGAUCCGAUACGAAUAAUCAUUUUAAUUGCAGCAAGUUUUUUUUGGCUAUUAUCGUUACUACUAUCAUCACUUGUUUGGUUCAUAGUUGUACCAUUACGAAGUCAACUGAUAUUUGGAUUGGUAUUUUCUGUAUUAUUUCAAGAACUAUUCAGAUUUUUAAUAUACAAAGUGUUACGAAAAGCUGAAGGUGGAUUAAAAAAAGUAACGGAUAACAGUGCUCAAAUUAUUGAAAAUAAACAUGUUUUGGCGUAUGUUAGUGGAUUGGGAUUUGGUAUAAUUAGUGGUGCAUUUUCAUUAAUAAAUGUAUUGGCUGAUGCUGUUGGUCCUGGAACAAUGGGUUUGAAAUCUGGUUCGGAUUUAUUUUUUAUCACAUCAGCUGCAACAACACUAAGUUUUAUUUUAUUGCAUACAUUUUGGAGUGUUAUAUUCUUUAAUGCAUUAGAUAAUCGUAAUGGAUUUCAUCUUUUAUGGGUAAUUGGUUCCCAUAUGUUUGUAUCGUGUAUAACAUUGGUAAAUCGAUCCGAAUUGUAUUUGCUUAGUUUAACGUCCGCCUAUGUGAUACUAGUUUUAACUGGGUUAUUGGCUUAUAACACAGUUGGUGGAACAUUUCUUAGUUUCAAAAGGUGUAUUACAAAUCAAUGAACGUGUUUACGGUUGUAAAUGGUUUAUGUAUUAAGGUUUUUCCUCGUGUUUUCUUUUAUGAUGUGAUGUGUUGGAAAAUAAAAUCUUGGCUAAUCUUUGUACAAGAAUUACAGGCAAAAAAGACAAUAGUGAAUAGUGUUUUAUACAUUCCUAUUAAUUAUAUUUUUUUUUGAAAUUCGUUACAUAAAUUACACAGGUCUGCAAACAAAAAUUUUUUGUCAGCUGUAUGAGAUAUUUUUACUAAAUUAUAUGUUUUAGAAUGCGCUGAUUUCAGAAAUGAUGGCCAUUUUUUUCUAUCACGUAAGGUUUUUUUGAUAAUUCAAACACAAAAAAUUGGUAAAAGCACUCGUAGUCUGUAAGCAUAGUGACAUCCCAUCUCCCUUGGUACCGUCUCUCGAUAUCGCGGACAUCCUGGUGAAUUCGUUCCCCGUGUUUUUCGCUGUAAGCUCUCAGGUUUUCAUGAAAAAAAGUCUAUGUAGGAGUGCAAAAAAUGGACUUUCAGGCUUAUCAGCCUUGAGCUUCGUAUGCUGCUAGUUGAACAAUGGUUUUGUAGUCAGAAUCCUUAGUAUUUCUCAAAAACUUUCACACUACAUCUUUGAACGAUACACAAGCUUAUUUUUCCUUCUCAUUCAUACUUUCCACAAAGAGGGUGUCAUAUGCACAGAAUAACCCAUUGGAAGCGAUUUAUUUUAUUAUGCAAUAAUAAUACUUUAAGACUAGUUUUAUAUAAUAUUACUAUAAAAUACUAUAUAAUACUACUUUAGGACUAGUUUAUGUUGUUAUAAAUAUCUAUAAAAAUCUAUGUGAUAGAAUGUUUUGAAUAUUUUUCCUGUUUUUGGGAGGUCAUAAUCUAUAAGAAAAUGUAAAAAAUCCUAUGCAGUUUUUUAGUCGCAAGCCUGUGUUAUAAAUACGCCAUUAUUUAAAUUAAUUUAAUUUUGAAAUUAUUAAUCGGACAAUAACUACUUUCUAUUUUCAACUUUAAAUACAUUAAAUUUUAAAUUAAUUUAAAUGAAGAAUAUGUUAUUAUUGAAUUUUUAUGCUAAGAUGUUAUAAUGCUUAAAAUGAUAAAAAUUAACAAUAUUAUAACAGUUAGAAACUUAAAUGUAUACUUUCAAGACGCAAUUUAUAUCAAAACAUUAAUUCCGUAAUUUUGUGUAAGGUAUUCGCACAUUACCGACUUUUCGGUUUGCUAAUAAGUAAUCAUAUCUACUAUCUAAAAGUUGAGAGACGCCAUUUCACCCAGAAAAUAAUGCAAUAAUUCCUAAUUCCAAAUUAGCACGUUAAGGGAGAAACAAGUAUUUAAUAAGCGAUAAUUACUAUGUAAUUUUCUUCUAUUUCGCACAUUGCCAAAAUUUUGUGCUCUUCCCAAAACCUUUUCCGUAAUCAUGAGAAAGAACCUCGGACCACUGUAUAUGGAGAAUGAUUUUCGGUCAAAUCUCGCCAGAACUUUUACAAUGAAUUAAGCUUAUCAAGUUACAUAGAAAAUUCAUAUUUCACAUCGGUUGAGAAAAGAAAACCGUCCACAAAAUUUAUAAAAUAUAAUUUUCUGCUGAUAAGUAUAUUUUUUAAAUUAUUUUUAACAAUUUGGUUCAAAAAAACAGACGAGCAAACCAGGAAUCAUUUCCGUAGAAGAGGUGGGCUCUUGAUAGUUUAUUUAUCAUUAACUCUAAUUAUGGAAUUAGAAAUUUAUAAAAAAGAAAUUACACAUUUUUGAUUACACGCCUUUUGGUCCAGUACGAAUUAUCAAUUGAUUAAUUGAAAAAGUGAUCAAUCUCGAAAUCCUUAUAAAGAACUCUGAGAGACAAGAAUCAAGGAUCAAUUCCCAACCUAUUUCAAGAGGAAUAUUUUUUUUGGGUUAAUUUCUCUGGCUAGAUAAAUUGUAAAAAUUUCCGCCCUCGAAAAAACUACUCCCAUGUAGGUUUCAUAUUUUGAAACAUGUAGGAAAUGAAUUUGAUUGUUUAAAAGAAAAACUCGGUGGGGUUUCGAAGUGAAUAUAAUUUUGUACUGAACUAUCAGGAUGAGUAAAUCUUGAAAUAUAAACCAAUUUUCGAGUAUGAAUGUGAUUUUUUUUAACUUUAAUUUAAUUUAUUUUUAAAUCACUUGAAUUAUCAUGAUCUACUUAUUGUAGAUCGUAAUAAAAUUUCCAAUAACGAAAAUCACUCCUUGUACUUGGAUAAUAAUAAAUUGUAAA